UUUGAAACACUUGUGACAUAUAUAUAUAUAUAUAUAUUGUGAUAUUGGACACGGUGUAUACUACUGUCGCUGUCUGCAGUUAAAGGGAUCUUUUCACGGUUUGAUAAAUUGACAAAAUUGAAAAAAAAGUUGUUUAAGAUUCGCAAAUUUUUGUUUUAGUUAUGAUAUUUAUGAGGAAACAGUAAUACUGAACAUUUGCCAUGGUCUAAUAUAGCCAUUAUAUGCAUCUUUUGACGAUUUAAAAACCUGAAAAUUAUAAAGCGUUGCAACGCGAAACGAUUGAAUAAUUUGGAGAGUUCUGUUGUUGUCGUUUAAUUUUGUGAAACUACAAAGAUUGCUUAUAUAAAUUGUAAAAUACGUCUUUCAAACACACUUGGCAGGAUGGCCGAGCGGUUUAAUUUGUUUUUACUUCAGGACUCCGGGGGUCACAUGUUCGAGCCCUGCUGCGGGCAUUUUUUUCAUUUUUUUAAAUUUUAUUCUUGCUGUUUUACUUGAGCUUUUUAGAUCCAAUGUUGACAUUUAUCAAUAUAAAGCAUUUAAUGACAAACUUCGAAACAUGCCAAAAUCUGUGAAAAGGCCCCUUUAAAAUGCUGUUAGCAAACUAGAGCAAACAGUAUGGGCUCCAAACUUUCAAAAGCUGCUCGAGAGGCAACUGGAAAAAACGCGUCAUCCACAAAACCUGGUGCUAUGGCUAGACCUCACGACCAGGAUUCAAAAAUGGCGGACAUAAAGGUGAAUGACAUAAUCUCUGCAGCAGCACGAGAAGCUGUGGCGCCACCACUUGUAGAGGAAACGGAGAUGACACACACAGAGGCCAGAGACGUCAUUGCUGAAGCAACCCGAGAUGGUAUUGGUGAACUCCUCGCCAAAGUACAAGCGAUUAAAAAUGAUUUUGAGUUGUUUGAACUAAAUGCAAAGGGUUCGAUUGAUUCCGGCGCCAUUGAUGUUGUGAACGAGCUCAACGUACGGACGCUUAAAAUAAUGAGCGAUCUUGAAUCGGUUGGAAUUGAUGGACAGAUGGGAAUUACUUCCAUCGCAGAGGAUGUGAGACAGGAACUUGGGGCCAACUUUAUUUCUAUUAAAGAGGCACUUGAAAGAGUUGGGAUUGAUGAACGGGAGGGAAUUACUUCAAUCGCAGAGGAUGUGAGACGGGAACUUGACGCCAAGUUUAUUUCUAUUAAAGAGGCUUUUGAAAGAGUCAGAAUUAAGGCUACUUACUCUAUCGAAUGUGCCACCGAAAGUGGAGUGCGGAAAAUCGAAUUGGUAACGGAAGAAAACAUGAGGAAAAUCAAUGCACUGAAUGAAAAGGAAUACGUACACGAACGAGACGAAAUGUUGCGAACGAUGAUGAAUCAUUACGCCAAAACACUCAGUCACGUUUCAACCUCGCCAUUAAAUGAUUGGGUUCAAGCAUGUUUAGAUGACAUCUACAUGCCACCCAAUGUUCAGCUCAUGAAAAACGACAAGGGGUCCUUUAUGAAAACUGGUACACAAAUCACAGAAUAUCGAAGUGUGUUUCUAACGAAUGGUAAACCAAGCCGACAUACGUUUAUCCAAGGGGAGGCAGGUUCUGGCAAAUCCACUUUCCUCGCAAAGUUAGUUUUGGACUGGUGUAGUACUAAUUCAACAAAAUCAGUUGAACCGUUGCCGACGGCCUUAACCAACAGUGCUGAUGGAGAUUCAACAUGGAUACGAACUAAUUUCUUUAAGGAUUUAGAGACUCUGAUAUCUUAUAUGUUCAUAUUUCAUGUCACUUUAAGGGAUUCGGUUCAGGAGUUUGAAAUUUCAGAUAUGAUUAAACAACAAAUAAUUGACACCAUUUACAGCACAAAAGAUCGCGCUAAUGCGUACAAUCUGCUGAAUGAGAUCAUGAAACGUGAACGUUGUUUGGUUCUACUGGAUGGUCUUGAUGAAUGGACCGGUACUGUAGGUCAUAACCUGCCGACAUUAGCUGUAUCCCUCAGCCAGUGCGAUAUCUUGAUUACAACUCGACCUUGGAAAAUGACACAAUCGAAUAUACCAGACUCAAAAAUUGACACGUUGCUGCAACUAGAAGGAGUAAACGAGCCUUUCGAUGUGAGCAAAAGACUUCUGGCUUGUAGAGGUGAUUAUAAAGAAAGCAGGGAUUUGAACAGUAAGCAAUCUGAAUUUGAAUCGUAUGUAUUUACAAACGAUCUGUACGAAUUGCUGGUCUCACCGAUGCUGUUGUCGUUGAUUGUGCAGUCAUGGGCAGAAGGGGCUGAACUGAAGGGCUCUAGGUGUGAAAUAUACAUCCUCUUGCUGGAAAGUCUUCUUAAGAAGGCGAACAGUGAAACGAGUGAAUUUCAACGACCGCCCUUCCGAUGCUUCACAGGGACGCAAUAUAUAAAACCUAACAAUGAACAAGUGGAUUGUUUGGCUGAAGCGGCCUUUUAUUUAUUAUUUUCAGAUAAACGGGAAAACUCACUGGUGUUUAGCAUUACAGAAUUAACGAAUCUCAAUUCCAAGUUUCAUGAACAAGAACGAUUGGACUUUGCAUUAAAAUCCGGUAUUUUAUCGGCAACACGGAAAGGAUCUGUAUUACGAUCAUCUUCAGCGUUUUCUUUUAUCCAUAAGAGCUUACAGGAAUUCCUUGCUGCUUAUCAUAUUGCCCGUAAUACCAAUAUCGAUCUGAUUGAUCAGGUCAUUGCCGGAUAUCUUCACCGUCACAAUGAUGCAUAUCUCGACAUGUCCCAAGUUUUCAUCUUUCUGUGUGGACUGGACAUCAUGGCUGCGAAUAAGCUUUCUUGCAUCAUGGAUAAGCGCAAUAAUGCUCGUGUCAAAUCAGGGUUUGAUGAUCAGCUUUGUAGGAUCAUACCUACAAGGAUACAGAGAAGCGGUUGCCAAUGCGCAAACUAACGUUGCCUUGACACUAAGUGACCUCCACUGCGAUGAUUACAAUAUGAGAGACGCUCACAGCGUUUGGAAAAAUAACACGUUCAAUCUACUGUCAUUGCGCGUACGCAUUUGGUUGAGUUACCGAGAUAGUUUUGUUCCGGACAGAGAUAAUUUACCUGCAACAGUCGAGUCUCCUUCCCAUAUUGAGUUUAACCUGUCAUCGUGCCAAAUGCUCAAAUCAUUGGAUCUAAGCGGACACGGCAUUUGGUUUAAAGGUAUAUAUAUAUAUAUAUACAUAUACUAUACAGUUCAUUUGUAUCCCUCCUUCAAGAUAGGGGGUUACAGAUUUGUAAUAAACGACAUCUACUAAACCGUAUUAUAGACUUGCAGUACAAUUCCCAAACAUGUUCACCUAGUGACCCUUUUUGGGAGUUAUCAAAACCGUCCAGGUCCACUGCAGGUCAAUCACCAAAAAACAUCUUUGGAAGGAAGCAUCCCAGAGCUUUGAUAUUUGAUUCUGACAGUUCUGCUAGUUCAGAACAGCCGGUCUGGAUUGUUGUAGACAGUGAAAAUCAAGCGCAGUGUGCAGACCCACCUUUAGUACUGCCCUCUAUUAAACACAUUUCAUUGAUUGAUGUCACAUGUUCCUCCACAUGGCUUCACAGUUUGUUUAGCACGUGUCUGUCACUGGACCAUAAAGUUAAGUGUCGGCUGGUGCGCUGUGACAUAUCAUCGCGUGUAGAGGGCGCACUCAGUGGAAGCGCGUCAAUAACGACGGACGUAAACGACACAUUCAGUUUGUACUUAUUUGAAAAUACCGGCCCCGGUCUGUGGGAGGCUCUACACGGUCAGUCUAUCAAAUGUCUGAGUAUCAGUGGACUGAAUGCAGAAUUGAAAAACCAGAAUGCAGAGUUGUUGUUUAAGUCAAUACAAACACUCACACAGCUGGAAACCCUUAAUAUAAACAUGAAUGACAAGGCUGAUAUAAGUCCUAAUCUGUGGGAGAAUCUGAACAGCCUUAAUAUCAAUCGUGUGACACUGAGUCUAAAUGAUGUAUGGUGUGGUCUGAUAGUAAAUAAUGUAUCGAAGUUGUCGCAGGCUCUCCUAUCAAACCAUAUGGAAACGAUUUGUAUUUACCUGAAUGCUCAGCCCUGUAUGAUGGAGGCUAUGCAUGGUCUGCCUAUCGAAAGUCUGAGUCUGUAUGGCAGUGGAGAAAGUUUGCACAUUAAUCACGUGUCGUCGCUGAACAAAUUUCUAUCGUCGCUCAAACAGUUGGACAAACUCAGUGUUUUCGUAAACAAUGACAGUCCUGGUCUGUGGGAGGCUCUCCAUGGUGUUCAUAUCAAGAGACUGAGUCUGAAUUUUGGAAUCGGAGAUUUGAUAGUGAACUAUGCAUCGGCAUUAUCGCAGCUACUAGCAUCUUUUAUACAGCUACAAACGUUGAGUAUUAAAGUGAAUUUUGACACUCCCGGUCUGUGGGAUGCUAUUAAUGGACUCAAUAUCAAGAGUCUGAGUCUGAAUGAUGUUGGAGAACGAAUGAUUGAUUGGAUGACAGACGAGGCAGAAUCAAUGUCUCUGUUAUUUCCUUCGCUCUCACAGCUGGAAACGCUUAGUCUUGGAUUGGAUAAUGACUUUGCCGGCCUGUGGAAGGCUCUGCAUGGUCAGUAUAUCAAGCGACUGAGUCUGAGUGGUGUGAGUAAAAGUAUGGAUGUAUAUCAUGCAAAAUUGUUGUCAGAGUCUAUAUCAUCGCUCACGCAGCUUGAAACGCUUACGUUGCAUGUAUUUGCAUAUAUCGACCUACAACUACCUCAGUCAUUGACGUAUUUCAAUUUCUACUGUGCAGGAUGUCUCCGCAAGAAUUACGCGACCUAUUGAACGCACUUUCUGCGUGUACUCAGGCAGUUAAGAGUAAGCUGGAAUUUGGCUGUGCACUAUGUAACAAUAACAACAGAUUUCGAAGGAUAAAUUAUAUUCGUCCAGAAGAAUAUAUUCCUAUCCAACAGAACCUGAAUGCGCUAAGAGGUGUUGCAGUGAAGAAAUUCCAAAUAUUCGAAUGGAUAGAUGCCUGGUAUGUACGCAACACCGUUGUUAUUGGGGACGAUGAAUAUGAUGAUGGUUUCGUUGAUGAGACAUAUAACUUAUUCAUUCGAUAUCUGCAUAAUGACACACCCAAUCGAAUCUCCAUGCGACUCCAGAGUUAUGCAGCCUCGAAUUCGUGAAUACAUACGUCCGUAAGACAUGAUUAUAUCAAAACAUGAAUGCAUGCUUCUGCAAGACAUGAUUUAAUAUAUCAAAACAUGCGUUUAGAAGACAAGGUUAUUCGAAACAUGCAUAUUAAUGUAUGGAGCAGUUGUUGCACGUUUUAAACACGACUUUUUUGUACUUCAUGCUUUUGUGUGAGCAAUACGCACUAUGUGUUUGAUGUUCAGUCUUUUCUAUACGUAAUACAUUAACACGAACUUUACAGAGACGUAACUUGUUCAUUAGAAACAAAAUGACUAAAUUACAUGUAGCAAGUACCAUGGCAACAAACUCACCGACACGUUGUAUUUGUUAUUGAAUACAUUAUGUUUUCCAUUUGUGUUCGAAUUCAUCAUAAACUACUUUGUGGCAUGUUAGAAUUCAUCCUAUAAAAAUUUCUGGCA